CACGUCGAGCCCCGAACAGUUCGGUGCUUGCCCAUUCUGUCGGCUCUCAGUCGCGUCCCUUCCAACUACCACGAGACACACGGGGAGUCGGCGGUGGUGUCCGUUUUCUUUUUUUAUUUCUCUACUUCAUCAUAAUCAUCUCAGUGGACUGUGUAUGUGUGUGUCUUAGUCCGUAAUGCUACGAUCGAAGGUAAAACAUACAGAAGGAAAACGUUGAUCGUCACGACAAUCAUUUUUCGCCGUAUCGAUGUGUGAAGGAAGACAAAUUCCUUGUGGUGUAUCGAGUGGAUUUUGAUUGCUCUGCUAAAUAACGUGGUGACAACGUGUUAUGUUUUGUUCUUUCUUCUUUGCCCGUCUCUGUGUGUCGGCCAUUUUUACAUACUUACCGUCGUAACUGGCACGAUGGCAACGUGUUGAGGAGAUUCCCAUUGGUGAAAACGACACGAAGUUAUACCCGCUGAAAAAGAAAAGUCUAAAGAAACUAAACACACACACACACGCAGUCAGUUAACAGUGUGUGUGUUCAAAAAAAAAAAAAAAAAAGGGAAAUUUGAAUCAUUUGGAUGCGUGCGCAAUGCCAUCAUCAAAGAGUGGUCAGGUGUCGGUGCAGUGUGUCAGCAGUGGUAGUAGUUGUGGCGCUGCUUCUCGAUUAAAAUUGUCAUCUGCCAUCGUUGGUCGGUGGUGGUAGCCACGGCUCCUCCCGGCUACAGCAGCAGCAGCAGCAGACUCCAUCCGGCUGUGGUGAAUGGGUCCGGCUCGGCGACGGCGGCGUCGGCGGGAUUAGGAGGCGGUGGCGGCGGAUCGUCUUCUAAACUGCUGCGUAGCUGUCCGUCCUUAUUCAUGUUCAUGUUCCGUUCGAGACGUAACGCCCUCGUCAAGCGGCUCUGGCGUCAGGCUGCUCUCCGGAGAGGAGGAGGAGGAGGUGGGGAGCUGGCGGAUGAUGACAACCCCCCACCAAACGGCGAGACAGGCGAUAAUGCUGCUGCUGCUUGUACUCUCGAGGCCACCGAAGAGCAACAGGUCAAGAGUUGGAUCAAAUCCGCCGCGCACGCCCUCUUUAAACGCCUGACAGACGACCAAUUGGCCCUGUUGCUAGACAUUCUAGACGGCGCAGGCGCCUCGGCGUCGCCUUGUUUCCCGCUCGACACGGACCUUCUCAACAGAGUGUGUCCAGCAGAAGGUGGCCAUCGACUUUUGUGUCGUCUGUUUCGCUGGCCGGAAUUGUCCACUGGAGCUGAAUUGAAGCGCGUUAUCAAUUUAUGCUACAGCGACCAUCAGUCAACCACCAUAUGCUGCAAUCCUUACCAUUGGAGCCGCCUCUCAGAUGUGGCUCCACCGCCCUACACCCGACUAGGCCUCAAUCAUGAUCGACCAAAUCGUCUAACCAAUAGUUACCCUGUCGAAUCUCUGGAAACAGGCGGAACCAACCAGUACAGCAGUACGGCCAGUAAUCUAGAUGGUUGUGGUGGCGGUGUGGUCCGAUUGCGGCCGUGGUGCACAUUAGCAUACUGGGAACUUCGUCAGCGAGUGGGUCGUUUGUUCCCCGUCACGCAGCCAUCGGUGGCUAUCUUUUCCGACUCGUUGGCGACAUCGACGGCGGGAGCUGCUCCGAUGGUGGUACCGUUGCCGCUUGACCGUCAGUGCAACGCCACUAGCCUCUGUUUAAGUGCACUCACCAGUCAAAGACCACCAGAGACGGACGCCGUUCGUCGCACGCGACAGAAAGUCGGUUUAGGACUGUUGCUGUGCCAAGAGCCUGACGGUGUGUGGAUGUACAACCGGUCGGAGAACCCAGUAUUCGUCAACUCUCCGACGCUUGAUCCGCCAGGAACCGGUCCAGCCGGCGCCCCACGCACUCUACUCGUUUACAAAGUGCCGCCAAGUUUUGCCAUCCGAGUCUUUGAUCACGAACGAUCUUUGUUAUACCAGCAGUGCAGCAACAAUAGCGUGUCUGAAUCUCUGGCUUUCGACGGCCCACCUUGCUAUCGCUUGGAUAACAAUUCAACAGACGCGUCAGGAAAAAACGAGUCUCGUCUAUCGCCCUGUUUCGUCUAUAAAGAAGAAUACACUGACGGCCCAUUCGAUCCCAAUGCCCUGCGAAUCAGUUUCGCCAAAGGAUGGGGACCUAAAUAUUCUCGACAGUUCAUCACUUCUUGUCCCUGCUGGAUCGAAGUCCUGUUGGCCCCGUCCAGAUGAUUAUUGUCUCUCUUUGUUUUGCUCUCUCUCUGUCUUUUGUUUUGCUCUCCUUUGACACCAGUGCAAAAAAAAAAAUUUAAAUAGAAUCAUCCCUCCAUGAACACGCCCGAUAAACACAUAUACACGAAAAAACAAAAAACAAAAAAAAAACACCAUGGUUCUAACUCAGGUUACGCCAAACACAUGUUUCAAUUAUUAUAAUUUCCUUUUUUUUUUUUUCAUGAUUUUUCUUGUUGUAUUGUUUUUUUCCUGACUCUAUCUCUCUAUCUCUCAAGAUAUGGAAUGAUACCUUGAUUACCUCGUUCGCUUGGAACAAAUUAUGAAAAGCUAGCACAGACGGACACUUCUUUAUAUAAAUUCUUCAUUUAUGGAAUCGUCAAAAAAAAUUUUUUUUGUUUGAAUCUCGCCGGUUGAUGGUGGAGGAUUCCUGCAUCAUGAUGUCAAUAGUUUUCUGUUGUGGUCAUUUCUUGUAAUUUCUUCAGUGAGAAGAAUCCCAAGAGGUACACGCUUUCUCUUUGUACACAUCUAUCUGUUUUCUUUUUUGUUUCAUGAUUCUUUCUUUUGGUUGCUAUCUAUUUGUACAUUUUGCGCAUUUUCUAAAAAAAUAUUGCACACAACUCAAAAAGUGUUACUUGUGGCGGCUAUUUGGCAUCUUUUUUUUGUAUCGUUGUACAGUGCCGAGUGUCUCUUAGUCUCGUUGAAAAAAAAAAGUAAUGAUCGUGCUCUUCUAUCACAAAAAACGACUAUCGACGUCGUUUGCCCAUCUACCUUAAUCUUGUUAUACUAAUAAUUUACAAUCGACGUAAUUACCUGUGUCCAUUACUGUACAGCACUAUUGAAUAUGAAAUUGGAUUAAAAAAAACAGAUGAAACAAAG